AGAUUUGGGACAUGUACCUAUUUCAAUUUAUGCCUAAUGUGUAUUUAUUUAAGAAUCUUAUAGAUCGCUUUAUUUAAUCUUUACAGAAAAAAACACUUAAAUUUCGUUUCAUGAACUAUUCAAGACAUAUCUUUGCGGUAGAACUCAUACAUGAAAUGAAUCUUGUAUUCCUAACCUCAAAAUUUAGUUAUGAAUCUGUCAAAUGAAACAUUUAACAUUAGCUGUAUAAUAUGAAAAUAAUACAAAAUUAUUAUUAUGAUUUAAUAUUUAAAAAUUUGAAGGAAUCAUGAGUAACUUGAUAGAUGCCCAUUGGUUUCCUUUAACCUCGCAAGGAAAUAUAUAUUCAAUGACAAAGUUAUGUUCCACCAAUGGCUCCAACAAGGUAUUAGUGGCUUCGUUAAAAAGAAAAAUAUAUACUUGCGAAUAUCAUCUGAUGCCAAAUCUACAUUUAAGACCAUUGGUUAAGGAACUGCUGUUUACAUACAUUCCAAGUGGUGCAGAAAUCAUAUCCAUCGAUGCUUAUAAUAAAUCCGAUACAGGUGACGGGUUUGUGAUAGGAAUAACAAUAAUAAAAGUAAGCACAGAUACAUCCGUGGAGAGAUAUUUAAAUAUAUAUACAGAAGGUGGUGCAGAUGGAGAAGGAGAAGAAUACAGUUCCAUUGAAGCUGUAGCACAAAAUUGCCUCAUGGUAGAAUUAGCAUAUACUCCGUAUCAUUUAUACCAUACUAUACUACCACAACAAAAUUCUUACAGCGAGGUUGUCUGGUUAUUGUCUGGAAGUGAUUAUAAAAUCCAUAUGAUCAGGGAGGAUAAAUUAAACCAUGGUUACAGUGAAUCACCAAUUGAAAAAUAUUUCCCUGAGUUACAUGAUCUUCAAGCAAUUACAAUAUGGAUUAAUAUUUACUAUUAUAGCAAUUAUAACUGGAGACUGACUGUAAUUGGUUGCGAAUGCGGUUUAGUGAAAGUAGCUAUCGUUAAUGUCUUAGAACUGAAAGUCCGUCGAAGUUGGAAAUUGCGAUACGCCGCACCUAUUACCAGUGUAUGCGUAUUUUCACAACAAAAUAAUAUAACAAAACCAACUUUUAUCAACUCUAAAAGCUCAAGUCAUUCUUUGGAUGAUAAAGAAACAAAAUUAAAUGUUCUCAUUGUAAAUACAAGCUAUGCUGUUGUUUUUAUGGAUAUUUUAAAUAAUGGAAUGGAGGAAGACAUAAGAUUAAAUGGUAGCGAAACAUCCGAUUGCAUUUUGUGCUCUUGCAUCGCUGAUAUCAAUAUGGACGGUCAAAAUGAAAUAUUGUUAGGAACUUACGGCCAAGAAAUUCUAAUAUUUUCCUUGGUAAAUGACACGUGGGAAUUGACUGUUAGAAAAUUAUUUGAUGCACCUGUACAUUCUAUAUGUUACAUGGACAUAACAAACGACGGAAUGAAGGAACUUAUCGUUCUUACACAACGUGGGGUACAUAUAUUACAGCACAAUAUUGCAGAUGUUAAAGAUAAAUGGAGAAAAAGAUAUCAAAAGAUAAUUGGAGGAAAUAAAACAUAACUUGUAUAUAUAAUUUCCGAUUGCCAUAAGGACAAAUCGAAAUCAAUUUUAGUCCACGAAGAUCGAUAUAAAUAAAUAUAAAUAAAUUUUUAUACCGAAGAUUAAAAGAGUAUAUAAAUGUAAUAUGUAUGUAUAUGUAUGUAUGUAAAUAUGUACAUUGUCAAAGAGGAAGAAUCAAAGUAAAUUUAUUUUUAUCGUUACCGUAUACGUAUGACUCAAUGACUAAUAAAGUAUUGAAUAGUAAAAUU